CAGAGAGUCUCUCAGCUUCGAAGCACGCGCGAGGGCGAGGCAAAACCAAAAAGUUCAAGUUUUUGCUUCGUUCUCUUCUCAUCUUCGAUUCGUGUUCAUCUUCUUCAAUUUCAGCUCGAAAUUUCCAACCUUUACUGGUUUUAAUGGAGAUUCUCCAGCCCGAUCAAGAUUCCACAAACGGGUACUAUAAGAAUGUACAUAAAAGGAAGCUGAGUCAAGUUAAUGAUGGAGACUAUGUUGGGUCUGUUACACCUGAAGCGAAGCGGGUUAAGAGCACACCGAGAGUUAUCGAUUUUUCUCAACCAUUUGCUGUUAGUAAUAUGCUUGAAGCUUUAGAUGGUGGUAGAUUUGGGAGUGUUACGAAAGAAUUGCAAGAGAUAGCUGAUAUGAGGAUGGGUUUGGUUAAGCAAUGUAUCUGGUUAUAUCCAUCGCUAGCCGCUACUGUGUUUGGAGGAGAAAAUUGUCAGACGGUUGACCUGAUGGAGUUGGAGAAUCAACAGGUUGUGGAAGGUGUCAUCAAUUUAGAUGAUGAUGAUGGUGAUGAUACUGAUGUUUCGAAGAAAGCUCUCUGUGUGGUGCCUUCAUCCGAGAUUGUGAUUUUGGAUUCUGAUGACGAGGACGGUGAGAGUCAGAGGCCUAUGUAUCAGUUUCAGUCAAGUCUUGUGCUGCAUCAGAAGAAUCAAGGGGAUGUGACACCAGUAACACCGCAAUUCAAUUUUGAGGAGGUCGUUUUAGGGAGGGGCAUGGAGAUGCCUUCUGCGAUCAAGGGCAGGGAGAUACAUUCUGCCAUCAAGAGCACGGAGAUGCCUUCUGCCAUCAAAGAAAUGGAGAUGCCUUCUGCCAUCAAGGGCUUGGUGGAGGGACAAACAAGUAGAGAAAAAACCCUUCCCAUAGAAAAUGGUAUGGUUAACGAUAAAGGUGUUUACGUGGGAGUUGAGGAUGACAGUGAUGAUGAGUCUAAAUCAGAAGAUGAGGAUCUUGGUGAUAUGUGGAAUGAAAUGGCCAUGUCAAUAGUGUGUACCAAGGAUGUAGCCGGGGAGACUUCACAAAAGGAAUCAAAGGCAGAUGUAGUGGAAGACUGUGAGCACUCGUUUAUUCUAAUGGAUGAUAUGGGUUCUGUUUGCCGUGUCUGUGGAGUUAUUGAGAAAAGUAUAUUAGAUAUAAUCGAUGUGCAAUUUCAUAAAGCAAAAAGAAACACGAGAACAUAUGCUUCUGAAACUCGGAAUAAAAGGAUUAGCGAAUCUGAUGUUGAACUUAAGUUAUCUGAAGAAGGGCUGAUGAUAGGUGGACUUUCUGCUCAUCCAUUGCAUGCUAACCAAAUGAAGCCUCAUCAAGUUGAAGGAUUCCAGUUCCUUUGCAGUAAUUUAGUGGCGGACGAUCCUGGUGGUUGUAUCAUGGCUCAUGCUCCAGGCUCUGGCAAAACCUUCAUGAUUAUCAGUUUUAUGCAGAGCUUUCUUGCAAAGUAUCCUCAGGCUAAGACACUGGUUGUACUUCCAAAGGGUAUUCUGUCUACCUGGAAAAGAGAGUUUGUGAGAUGGCAAGUUGAGGACAUACCACUGCUUGAUUUCUAUAGUGCUAAAGCAGAUAACCGUGCACAACAGCUGACUAUUUUAAAACAGUGGAUGGAGAAGAAGAGUAUCUUGUUUCUUGGGUACAAGCAGUUCUCAACUAUUGUGUGUGAUGAUGCGAGUGCCGACUCACGUUCUUGCCAGGAGAUACUUCUCAAAGCUCCUUCAAUUCUCAUUUUGGAUGAAGGACACACUCCAAGGAAUGAAGACACUAAUAUAUUGCAGUCCCUUGCCCAAGUCCAAACACCAAGAAAAGUUGUCCUCUCAGGAACGCUUUAUCAGAACCAUGUAAAGGAGGUUUUCAACAUUCUGAACCUUGUUCGACCCAAGUUUCUCAAAUUGGAUACCUCCAAAUCUGUUGUGAAGAGGAUAUUAAGUCGUGCUCCAGCUGGUGUCAAGGGGAGAUUUACUGGAAGCAGCAAUUCAGAUAUGGCUUCGGUGUUCAAUGAAACUGUGGAGCACACCUUGCAGAAGUGUGAGGAUUUCAAGGUGAAAAUUGAAGUAAUCCGAGAUUUGCGGGAGAUGACCAAGAAGGUGCUUCAUUACUACAAAGGAGAUUUCUUAGAUGAGCUUCCUGGACUUGCUGAUUUCACUGUGGUUCUUAAUCUGUCUCCAAGGCAGUUGAACGAAGUGAAGAAGUUAAGGCGUGAGAAGAGAAAAUUCAAGGUUUCUGCUGUUGGAAGUGCACUUUACCUUCACCCGAAGCUGAAAGUUUUCUCUGAGAAGUCUGAUGAUGUCUGUGAUAAAACUAUGGACGAAAUGCUAGAUAAGCUAGAUGUGAAUGAAGGCGUCAAAGCAAAGUUCUUCCUUAACUUGAUAAACCUGUGCGACUCAGCUGGUGAAAAGCUCUUGGUGUUCAGUCAGUAUCUCAUUCCACUGAAGUUUCUUGAAAGACUAGCUGCUUUAGCGAAGGGGUGGAAACUAGGGAAAGAAGUUUUUGUUCUUACAGGGGAUACCAUUUCUGAGCAGCGUGAGUUGUUUAUGGAAAGGUUUAACAAUUCGCCAGACGCCAAAAUCUUCUUUGGUUCAAUAAAAGCAUGUGGAGAAGGUAUCUCGCUAGUUGGAGCAUCUCGCAUACUAAUAUUGGAUGUUCCCCUGAAUCCUUCUGUGACCCGCCAAGCUAUUGGGCGAGCGUUUCGACCUGGACAAACAAAGAUGGUGCAUGCAUACAGAUUGAUUGCUGGGUCAUCACCUGAGGAAGAAGAUCAUAACACUUGCUUCAAAAAGGAAGUUAUCUCAAAGAUGUGGUUCGAGUGGAAUGAGUACUGCGGCUACCGAAACUUUGAGGUAGAGACUAUCGAUGUGGAUGAAGCUGGUGAUAACUUCCUUGAAAGUCCUGCCUUGAGAGAAGACAUAAGAGUUCUCUACAAAAGGUAAACUCAGACAGAAACUUGUUCUUCGAUUUUGGACAUGCUUAGGUUUUAGAAACCUGUCAAUAAGAUAACUUCGGGUGGAUUCUUGUGAAUUUUCUGAAAGAUGAUUAGCAAUUUAAGUGCAGCUUCAAGUUUAGUUUCAAUAUCAAACCUUUUAACUCAUAUGCCUCGAGUCUCUGACCGUAUAUAUGAUUAAUCUAUUAUAUUAACCAGGAA